AUGGAGGAUAGUAAAGCCCAAGUUACAACUUCUGAAGCAAAAAAAGACCCGAUAUUUAUUAAACCAAAAGGUUUUGGAUUAAAAGGCAGUCCCAUGAAAUCUCCCAAUACCAAUACAACCUCGAGACUUAAACCAAAAAUGAAUCUUGGCCAACUUGGUGUAAUGACUCCGAAAACUCCCUUUGCAAACUUUUCCCGAUAUGUAGACCCCUCUGGAAAAUUGAACUUCAGUGGAAAAGCUGUUCUUCAUGCAAAAGGAGUUGAUUUUAGCAACGGUAACAGCUAUAAAAUAAAUAUGGAUGAACUUAGGCUAGAGGAAGAGCUUGGAAAAGGGCAAUUUGGCACUGUGCAAAAAGUAUUCCAUAAACCAACAAACGUUACUAUGGCUAUGAAAGAAAUUCGACUCGAACUUGAUGAGGCCAAAUUAAAUCAAAUACUGAUGGAGUUGGACAUUCUUCAUAAAUCGCACAGUUCAUAUAUCGUGGAGUUUUAUGGUGCUUUCUUUAUAGAAUCGUGUGUCUAUUAUUGCAUGGAAUACAUGGAUGCUGGUUCAUUAGAUAAAUUAUAUGGAGCUGGAGUUCCAGAAGAUGUACUUGCAAAAAUUACGAUCUCGAUAGUAAAAGGGUUGAAAUUUUUAAAAGAUGAAUUGAGGAUAAUUCAUCGCGAUGUCAAACCAACAAAUGUCUUGGUAAAUAUGCAAGGUGAAAUAAAACUUUGCGAUUUUGGAGUAUCAGGACAACUUAUUCAAUCACUUGCAAAAACAAACGUCGGCUGUCAAAGUUAUAUGGCACCAGAGCGAAUAAACCAAGUUGAAGCUAGUACAUAUACAGUACAAUCUGAUGUUUGGUCACUUGGACUUUCUUUGCUAGAGCUUGGUACGGGAAAAUAUCCUUAUCCAACGCCUGAUAAGACAACAGGAAUACUUGCACAGUUAAAUGCAAUUGUAGAAGGUGAUCCGCCAUCGCUACCGGACGAUAAGUUCUCGGAAGAUUGUCGUGAUUUUGUUGCACAAUGCCUCAACAAAAAUCCAAAAGCACGUCCAACGUAUGGAGAAUUAUUAGAUCAUCCAUUUUUACAAAAAUACGAAGAAAUCGAAGUGGAUAUGAAGUCAUGGGUAGAGCAAGCAUACAAUGAACGGCAAGAUAGCUACAAAAAAUCUUAG